AUGAAUUCAACUUCCCCGAAAUCAUCGUUAGCUAAAUUGGGACUUCACUCACACAAGCAAAAGACAUUUCGUCUCAUGGUACUUGGUCAAAGCGGCGUUGGAAAAACUGCUAUGGUAGUACGAUUUAUCACAAGACGUUUCAUUGGAGAUUAUGACCCGAAUUUGGAGAAGGUCUACACGCACAACACUGUCAUCGAUAACGACGUCGUCCUGUUUGAGAUAUUGGAUGCCACGGGACAAAUGAACGAAGCGGACAGCAUUACGUUGGAGGCGAACAUCCGAUGGGCCGAAGCAUUUAUCUUAACGUAUUCCGUGACAGACAAGUGUAGCUUUGACGAGUGUAAUCGACUGAAGUUCCUCAUUAAUUACAAUAAGCGACGUCGUAGACUGGGAACGAAUCACAAGGAAGGCUUUAUCGAUGUACCUGUUAUACUAGUUGGCAACAAAAUCGAUCAAUUUCAUGAUCGAAUGGUGUCUACCGAGGAUGGACAAAAGCGUGCGAAAGAAAUUGCAUGUGCCUGCUUUCAUGAAAUCUCCGUGAGAGAAAGCAUUGAACAGGUAACUUCCGUAUUCCGCGAUGCCUAUCGAUUUUGGCGCGUUCUUCACAAAUACCCGAAACUCAAGCGAUCCAGCAGCGAUGUUCACGACCUCCAUAACGAAGUCGAGCUCAUCCUCAGUCCCGAUAGCGUUCAUUCCUACUGUGAUUGCGACUUCAAGUCUCCGCAUCCGCGAAACAACAUGUACUUUCUCUCGGGGCGUCCCUACUUGCCUGAAAGUCUCGACGACAAAGACUCCGAAGAAGGAACCGAAAAUAGUGACAAACAAUGUUGCAGCAUUGGCGGAAGCAACAACGAAGAUCCCUUUCGAAAUCGUGCCUCGACAGAUGGAAAUCUCUCACGACGCCCCCGCAAAUGGAAAUACCCGUCGUUUUCGGGCACUCUUGUAUCGCCCCCUGCCCGGAUCGAACGCCGCAUGUCAAUUUCCAUGCGAGGCAGCAACACAAAUGCGAGUUACUGAACGCACCCUUAGAUGUAUAAAUUUGUAUAAAAUGCCAUUUUUAAUGAUGGAUCAAAAUGAACGAAGCUUUAUUCUAAAGUUUUACACAAUUUUUACAUGGAACUGUUGUCCAUUUAGGAAUUCUUACAGUAUUGCUCAGGCGAAAAAAAAAUAUUUUUUCAUGUGCGUGCGUUGUGUGUCUGUUUUUUGCUAUGUUUGUGCUUUG